AAUAAAUAAAUUUUACACGCACAUUCAGCAGGUUCAAUACUGUGAGGCCAAGAUUAUUUAUAGUAAGAUUUAAAAUGUUCAUUUAGUUGUCUUGAUUUAACCCAAUAGUUUAUAUUUAUUUUUUAAAAGCCUGAAAUUUAAAAUAUGAAACAAAAAGAGAUGGGUAUAAAAUGAUCUGCCUGCAUGUGCAGAGCCAAUGCUUUCAACUUGUCUUUAUUUUAAUUUGGUUUUUAUUAACAUAUUUUCAAAAAUUUGUUGUAAUGUUUUCUUGGGUUUGGUGCAAUCACUUUCAUCUGCAGCUAAACAUUUUCUGAAAGGCUAUUUUCUGUGUGACACUCCCUUUUUGGACACCAUGAUGUCCUCACAAGUCCUGCUGGCCAAAUUCAUUUAUACCAAAACUAGCUGCGGCUCAUUCCAGGACAUGAACAGGUCACAUAAAUAACUUAACUCUCUUAAUUUGAAAGUCCACUUUGAACUUCCCUUUGGCUCUUUCCCUAAAUAAUCAGAGAUCAUGUCCACGUGUCUUGUCUUUCUGCUGUCUUGGACGGGUCUCUGUCUCCUGGCUGCUGCUGCUGCUGCUGGUGCAGACCUUUAUAGUCUGCAACAACUACUUUCAUAAGAAAAAGCUAAUUUUGAGUUAUUUCCCUAAAGUCAGAUCUUUUUUGGCUCCCAGUUGGUCUGUAACAUCUCAGUCACAUUUAAUCCUGUUGCUUCACUGCGUUUUUCUGCUGUAAGACGCUAAAUCUGUUAGUAAAGUGUUUUAUAAAAGCUUUAAAGUUUGCUAAAUUCCACCAUUGCCAUUACACUUACCAGCAUUGUGAAUAUUAAAAGACUACAUUUAACAUAAUCCAGAAAUAUGGGCGAAAACCUGCCGUCAAAACCGUCCUGAAGCUGAACUUUUGCACUGACAAAGGCUUUUUAUAUUUGAAUGAUCAGCUGCAUGGAGACAGAUCACUGGCACUCUUUCCUUAAAUGAACCCACUGAACCCACGUGAACCUUUUUAUUGCUUUAUCUUCGCUCCAGACUGAAACAUUAAAAAAGAAAAAACUACGGAAAGCGAGCAGGGAUCAGCUCGGGGUCGUGCCCAUGCUGCACAGUGCCACUCUUGAACCCAACAGUACAUGCAGGGCGGUAGGUAGGAGCCAGUGCAACCCUUAAUCCCCGCCGUUCGUGAUUUAGCCCCUGGUCCUCCUAAUUCUCCUAAAGCCCCAGCUGCUCCCCUGGCCGCUCCGCUCUCUCCGCGACAGCCUGCACACCGCUCGCUUUAUUAAUAAUUCACCUAAUAAUUCACCAGCGCGACGCUGCCGGCUGAAGCCCCCACCUCCACUGUAAACAACUGCCCUAAUUCCCCGGCUAUUAUUUGUGUGUGUCUGUAAACAGGCUGCGGAGGUGAGCUAUUUAGCGGCUGAUAUUUUUUGCUCGGGAGGGAAGUGUUGGACUGCCUGUCGUCGCUGCCGGAGCGCACGGAGAGCUUCCAUUUUACGCACCGGAGCCGCGCAGCCGAAGCACCGGACCGAACUACGUGUCGCUGUGCAGGCAUUCUGCAGCGAUCUGAAGAAGCACAAAACGCAAGCUGCUCUUUCAUCUCGUCAGCUUUUUGAGGAGGAGGCGGCGAGGGACCAGGGGUGUCCCCCCGUUUGUGUGUGUAACUCCGCGUGUAUGCCUGUGUGUGUGUGUUUGUGUGUGUUUGGAACAAGAGAGAGAGGAGAGAGAGAGAGAGAUACGAGGGUAAAACAGAUCGGACGCGCGGCGCGGGAGACAGCCGCUUUUAGACACGUUUUGGAGACAGAAGCUGAAGGCUGCAACACGGAAAAAUAAUAGAAAAGAAAACUUACUUUGCAUCCUCUCUCCCGUCCAUUCUUUUUUUUUUUUUUACCGUGUUACUCGUGUUAUUUCGGGUUUGUGUUUUUUUUUAGCGGCUCCCCAAUCUGCUGGACAAGUUUGGCCGCUGAAGGACGCACCACCUCGGGACUUUGACGCAGACGCCUCUCUGACUUCUAGCUGCUUGGACAUGGGGCGCAUCUGAGACGGAGGGCUCGGAGCUGCUGUCCUCUUUUCCUCCUAUCUCUUGCAGAGUGGACCCACUUUUGAAAGAGCGUGUUUUUUUCUCUAUCUGGGCCUAAGGCCGACUUGUUUAAAGGUCCUUUUUUUGCUUCCGGCAACAGCGAAAGGAGACCAAGUCUUCCUCCCUCAGCCCUCACUCCCUCUCUCACUUUUUUGGAAGCUGAACUUUUAAAGGAAAAUGGGGCAUUGAGAGGGUUGGCAGAUCUCCCCACGCUAUAAUGGCUACUGACACCUACCUGGUAAACGACGAUCCUGCUAGAGGCCCAGGGAUGCCUGAAUGUUUCCUUGUGUCUGAUACAUAUAGGGAUGAAUUCCACCCCUUCAUCGAGGCCCUGCUGCCCCAUGUCCGCGCCUUCGCCUACACCUGGUUCAACCUGCAGGCCCGCAAGCGCAAAUACUUCAAGAAGCAUGAGAAGCGCAUGUCCAAGGAGGAAGAACGUGCAGUGAAGGAUGAACUGCUGGGGGAGAAGCCAGAGAUCAAGCAGAAGUGGGCCUCGCGCCUGCUGGCCAAGCUCCGCAAGGACAUCCGGCCCGAGUUCCGUGAGGACUUUGUGCUCACCAUCACGGGGAAAAAGCCCCCCUGCUGCGUGCUGUCGAACCCCGACCAGAAGGGCAAGAUCCGUCGCAUCGACUGCCUGCGCCAGGCUGACAAGGUGUGGCGGCUGGACCUGGUGAUGGUCAUCCUGUUCAAGGGCAGCCCCCUGGAGAGCACGGACGGGGAGCGGCUGGUCAAGUCACCACAGUGCACCAACCCUGGCCUGUGCGUCCAGCCACACCACAUCGGAGUGUCCGUCAAGGAGCUGGACCUCUACCUGGCCUACUUCGUCCACACGCCAGAAUCCGGACAAUCAGAAAGCUCCAGCCAACAGGGGGACACAGACAUCAAACCACCGCCCAAUGGGCACCUGAGUUUCCAGGACUGCUUCGUCACCUCAGGGGUGUGGAACGUGGCAGAGUUGGUCAGAGUGUCGCAGACUCCUGUAGCCACGGCGUCAGGUCCCAACUUCUCACUGGCUGACCUGGACAGCAGUCCCAGCUACUACAACAUCAACCCGGUGGCUCUGGGACGACGCUCCCUCACCUCCCCUCCUUCCACCAGGUCUGAGGUGGAGUUGUACGCAAACCUUCCACGGAGCUCCACCAAGAGGAAGUCUUUAGAUGACAGUGAGCUGGAGAGCCCCACAGAUGAUGUUUUCUACCCUGGACGCUCGCCUGCUGCCAGCUCCUCCCAGUCCAGUGCGUGGCCUAACGACAUGGAUGCAGUGCAGCACCAUUUGGCGAGUGUGCAGGAGAGGAAGAUAAAACAUGAAAACGAUGGCGUGCAGUUUCCUUACCAUGGACUGUCCUCGCCUGGUUCACUUAAGAAGCCGGGGAAGUUUGAUUUCAACGCCCUGACUUCCCAGACGAGGUCCCCCCGCAUGGCGUUCACACACCACCCGCUGCCUGUGCUGGCAGGAGUGAGACCAGGGAGUCCCCGUGCCUCAGCCUCAGCCCUGCACUUCCCCUCCUCCUCUAUCAUCCAGCAGUCCAGCCCGUACUUCACCCACCCCACCAUACGCUACCAUCACCACCAGGACCCGCUUAAGGAGUUUGUGCAGUUUGUGUGCACCGAUGGCACAGGACAGCCCAGCGCACAGCCUAAUGGAGGUGGCCAGAGCAAAAUGCCGGGCUCCUUCCUGCUGCCCCCGCCACCCCCAGUGGCGCGCCCCGUGCCCCUCCCCAUGCCCGACUCUAAAAUCAUCAGCACGCCCACUGACGGCGGACUCAGCUCACCCGCAUCUCCGUCAUACUCCACGCCAGGCUCCACAGCUCCCAACCGGUUUGUCGGCAUCGGAACACGGGACAACUUUCUGAAUAUCCCCCAGCAGACUCAGUCCUGGUUCCUCUGACAAGGCCUCUCUGAAUCAAGAGCCUAAAUUGUGUCAUGUAAAUUGGAAAUUUGAAAAACAAACACAUCACCGCUGAUUAAGAACAGACUGCUGACACUAAAAGGUCUUUCCCUCUAGCCAACACUAUUCAAAGUACUACUACAGAACUCCAAAAAAUAUUUAAAAAAAUAACCCACACCACCCCACAAGAGGACUCCCAAUCCCAACACAAUUUGAACAGGAACGUUCUUCCCCCUUUAUGCAGGAGGCUUCAAUGAGAUUGAGUGGACAGACUCAGAAUGCAAAGAAGAGGAAGACGAGGAACUGUCUCACCACGAAACGUCAGAAAGGAAACACAAUAUAGCAACCUGACAAAUGACCAAUUAUACAUUUGUUGUUUCUUUUUUUUUCCUUUUUUAUUAUAAUUUUUUUUAUUUUGUUGUCUCCACAAUGAAACUCCAUGCAUUGGCUGGGAGAUCCAAAAAAGUAGUGGUAAAAGGUGAAGUCGGAUGUGCAAGUUGAAAAGAUUGACACCUAAAUUUGCACGCCUCCAUGCCCAUGUAUUUCCCCAUGCACCUUUCCUCCAGGCGCAUGGUCCCACUAACCCCCCCACCCCCACCCCCACCACCACCACCACACCUGGAGCUCAACACUGCGCAGGGUCCUGACCGUUAACCGCAGCCACCUACCUGCGUGCCGCCACACUCUGCUGCUUCAUCCGCUCAGCCCUGAGCCUCUUUUCAUUUCCGAUUGGCCAAUCAUGGUGACACUAUCCAAUGGUGUGACAUAUAUGCACUAAGUGGCUGGUCUUUGUUUACCUGUCGAAGUAUCAGGGCGUCCUGCUGUGGGAGAAGUGAUAGCCAUGAGGCGAGUGCGAGCGAGUGAACACACGACAGACAGUCAUAACACUAACUCUACAUGUGCUCUUUCGUCCCCUCACCUAUGCACUAUUAAUUUUAAUAAGGGAUGAACAGUAUUGCACAUCGAUGGUCAGAUGAGCGAUUAGCGAAGUGAGUUGAGGCCGGCUGCCGCUGCAGGGACGUGGCUGCGCUAACAUUAAGUCUCGGCCCUGAAACACACAGCACACAUAUGCACAGACACAAACACACAAACGCGCACGCUUGCAGACAGCACAUACAGACCAUCUUCUCCGGAACGGUCCGUCACACAACCACUCAUAAUAUCAUCUUGUUGUUUUUCAUAGACCUGGCAUUUAAUUUACAGUAAUGCUCACGCAGCUUCAUAUUAUUAGCUUUCAUUUUGUUUGUAGGUGUUUUCUUGCGGAUUCUUUUUUUUUUUUCUUUGGUUUUGGUUUUCGUCUCACUUGGAUUGUUUUAACCUUCUCUUGCAUGUCAUUACACUUUUUCUGUAGUUUGCAGUAACACAUUAAGUAUCAGGCUCAGAUUUCAGCGAAACAGUAACAGCAGUUUCUCAAAUCUCUCACAUAUGGACAGCACAGUAACACCAGCACAUCACAUGCAUCCCUUGCAUUGCUUCACCCUGUAUCCCUUAGUCCCUUCACAGUAAAUACAAAAUACCUAGGACUCCACACACAGACACAGACACACAUAUAAAAUGCACACUAACACCUCCAACAACCUGACAUAAAGUAAUAAAGGGAAAAGCCUUUAUAUUUGGUUCUCCAAACUGCCUUUGUUAAUGGUUUUUCAUUCACUUAAGAUUUGUCUUUUUAAUUUGAGAUAUUUUUUUCUAUGUAAAUGUUCACAUUGAAAUUUGCUAUUUGGUAUUAUUUCAUCAUGACACAAUCCAACAAAAACCGACCUCACAAAAUAACUGGACUGCCUAGCUGUUGGUUCUGUUUUGCAGGGAUAGUAAACAGGGCUGAGACCCUGUUCUCAGCCUCUCUAGUAACAUUAGCUCUAUGUACUAAAACCGUAUAUCAAGACUAUAACAAUAUAUGAAAGUGCCUCUGUAUUCCCUUCAUGCAAUUAGUAAUAAACUUCAGGUUCUCUUCCCACAUAUAAGCUAAAGCUACAGGGAAUGGUAGCGUUGGUGCAUGUGGAAACCAUUGGCCUAGGACAGAUCUUUAUAGAGGACUGCAAACUUUUUUUUGUAAAGACAGAGAGAGAGAGAGAUCUUAUACAUAUAUAUUUAUGAUAUAUGCUCCUUUUUAACUUUUACUACAUGAGCUGGUUGGCAGUCUAGUUAUUUUCUGAACUUUCACCUUCUCUCCCCCUCCACAAACCCGUUUUCAGUAACAUCACCUCACUGUUACCAGUACGAAUCAAACGACACACGCCAUCGCCAUCUGCAGCGCAGCAUUAUAAUACCUAGAUGAACAUGUCAAAAAUCGACAGUAGGUUUGAAGAAAAAAAAAGUGUUUGUUUUUUGAUGGAAAGUAUUAUUAUUGAAAAAUAUGUGUCGAUUGAGCCACGUGCAAUGCAUUGGGUAGAUCAUUGUGUUUGUCUGUUAGAGAUUUUUAAGAAAGCUAAGAGAAAAGAGAAAAAAAAUGUAUUUGUUUCAAGUCCGUAAGCUCCGGGACUCUAAACUAGAGGGCAAUGAAAAAUCCUAGUCUUUGUAAGUUGGGGGUAUUUGUUUUUAUUUCCUUUGUCUCUUUUUUAAUGUUUUACGUGUAAUCAGUUGUUUAUAAAAAUGUGGGAGGGCUGAAGGAAAAAAAAAAUUCUACACAACUUGAGAAAGAAAAUUCUCUAUCAUCAGAUGAAAACUGGUGCUUUAACACUAUAAAGUACAUUCAGAACUAUUGUAAAUGAAUGGUGAUGAACAAAAAUAACAAGACCAUUUAGGAAACAGCAUUAUUCCUCUCUCUAUUUUUAUUCUUCUUCUAUUUGUAUUGAGCGAGCGGGGGGAGAGGUUCCUAUUCCUUAAGGUUGUGACACAAAAGGCAUUUUGGUUCAACCUUUAGAAAAAAAAACAAAAAACAAACCUUAUACUGUCAAGAAACACUUCCGAUAGCAUACCUGUGCACUGCCUGAAACUCACCAGCAGAAAAAAAACAAAACAAACCCUCCCAAUUUAACUAAUUUUUAUCUCAUACAUUGGCAUAAACACACGACAAGUUCCUCCCUGUAACGCCGAUGAUGCUUCACACCCAGAAAUCUUUUAUUCCCAUGAUCAUGUUGAUACGUUGGAUAAUAUUCAGCAGGAUGUGUCGAGACCCACAUGCAAUGGAAUGAGAAAUAGACCUUUUGUAAACAGAAAAAGGGGCGAAAAAAAGUAGCUUAAAAUCAGGACAAAAUAUAUAUAUCUGAGGUCUUUAUGAAACAGACAGCAAGGUGAGCCUCUCCCCUGUUCCACCCCUCCUCUGUAAAUGACUCUUAUAGUGCUUGUGCUGUAGUGUAUAGUUUCCCAGCAGUUAAAGGUUGUCCCUUAAAAGUGCCUUUUGUUCACAGACUCCAUUUUGUAAUCCAGAUCGCCCCCCCUUUUUUUUUUUCGAAACGGCUCGAGGUAGCGGGUUGGCCCUGAGUGCCACGAGGAGGCAAAAAGGUUGUCACCCAAUCAGCACUCGGGGACAGCUCUUUUCCCUUCUGCCUUCGAAAUGAAUCCCCUCCAUUGUACCUCCCUUAUAUCCUCUCUUCCUUUUCAAAGCCGUA